AUGCCUGUUCUUUCUUCACUAGAAAAAAGUAAAUUCCGGGCAGAUAUUACAGGCACCAGAACAUCACUGGAAAAGAUAGCAUUAUCAACUUCAUUACUUUUAUCCUCUCACAUUUCAAAAUUCCAAAAGUACCUUGUCACCACCAUAUCCAGUUUCAUUGAUCACCCUCUUCUUGAUCCUUCGGUCGAUCCAGCUCAAGUGUUCACAGGAAAUUUUGCUCCAGUGGAUGAGCUUGAGCCCACUAACUGCACUGUGGUGGAGGGUGAGCUGCCUACCUGUCUAAACGGUGUAUAUAUUAGAAAUGGUCCAAACCCACAACACAUGCCUAAUAGUCCUCUCCAUUUCUUUGAAGGAGAUGGCAUGCUUCAUUCCUUAAAAUUAUCCGGAGGCCAAGCAACCUUUUGCAGUCGCUAUGUCAAGACCUACAAAUACAUGCUUGAAAAAAAAGCAGGUUUUCCCAUCUUUCCAAACAUGUUAUCUGGCUUUUAUAGCCUUCCUGAUAUCCUUGCUUUUGUUAUGGCUGUAGGAAGAGUCCUGUGUGGCCACAUCAAUCUCAAGAGAGGAUUUGGUCUGGCCAACACAAGUCUUGCUUUCUUUUCAGAUAAGCUUCUUGCUCUUGGUGAGUCUGAUCUACCAUAUGUCAUUGACUUGACACAAGAAGGCAACGUGGAGACACUAGGCAGAUGGGAUUUUGAUAGAAAGCUAUUUGCAAGCAUGACUGCACACCCCAAAGUUAACAAGGAUACAAAGGAGACUUUUGCUUUCCAGUGCAACCCAUUAUUUUUUCCUUAUAUCACUUAUUUUUACUUCAAUGAAGAUGGUGUUAAGCAAAAAGAUGUCCCCCUUUUGUCUAUAAAUCAGCCGACUUUUAUUCAUGAUUUUGCGAUAACCAAGCGAUCUGCAAUUUUCGCUGAGACGCAGUUGGUGGUUGCACCCACAAAUGUCAUGCUAGGAAGAGGCAUGCCUGUGGUUUGUGAGCCAAACAAAGUGCCAAGAAUUGGGAUCUUGCCAAGAUAUGCUGAGAGUGACUCCAAUAUGAGGUGGUUUCCAGUUCCAGGUUUUAAUGCCAUGCAUGUCACCAAUGCUUGGGAAAAUGGGGAUGAUGAGGUAGUCUUGGUGGCACCAAAUGUGUCAAGCAUUGAAAAUGUAUUUCACAAAAUAGAGAAGGUCCAUUUCUCAUUGGAGAAGUUAACUAUCAACAUGACAACAGGGAAAUUUUCAAAAAAGAUUUUGUCCAAAAGAAGUUUGGAAUUGGGGUCUAUCAAUACUUCCUAUGUUGGGAAGAAAAAUCGCUAUGUCUAUUUGGGAAUUGCUGAAAAGAUUCCAAAGAUGUCAGGUUUAGUAAAGAUUGAUUUGGAAAAGGAAUGUGAAGUUUCGAGAAGGCUUUAUGGGCAAGGUUGCUUUGGAGGGGAGCCAUUGUUUGUUUCUAGAGAUGAAAAUGAUAUGCUGUUAGAAGAAGAUGAUGGAUUUGUGGUAAGUAAUGUGCAUGACGAGAAAACUGGUGAAUCAAAAUUUAUAGUUGUGGAUGCCAAGUCUCCAAAUCUAGACAUUGUUGCAAAUGUUAAACUUCCUAGACGUGUUCCAUAUGGUUUUCAUAGCCUAUUUGUAAGUCAAAAGUAG